GAAGGCGGAGGCAGAGGCAGCAGCAGCAGCGCUGGCUGCAAUGAAUGAUCCCCCAGCUGGGGAGGAGGACUCCAGGUGAGCCUCUGCCCUUAAGAGGGCCGAGACCCCCGCUGCCCAGGACCUGCAGCACCGGCCAUGGAUCCCUAGAGGCGGAGGCGGAGGCGGAGAAGACAGUUCUGCCGCCCACCCCCAUCCCAUUUUCCUCUUCCUUUAUCUCAUUGUUGCGGUAGCUGUUUACGGCAGGGCUCUUCUGCCCCAGCAUGGGGCAGGCUCCGGGCAUUGCCGUUCGGCCGGCACGGCUCCCGCGGCUGCCCAGGGAUUCUGCCUAAUUCUCCCCGUGCAGCCGGUGCAGCGAGGACCAGAGACGGAGGAGGCCCGGACUGCAGCAGCGGUGGGGCCACCUCCCAGCAUUUCCACCCUAGGAGGCUGCAUGCGGAUUGAAGAGCACUGAAGAGCGGCGCUUGGGGGCUGGGCCGGCCCCGCUGAUACCUAGCUAGGGAGGACCACACGACCGCCUAGGCAACGGAGGGGGCCGUGGGGCAGGAAGGACAGUAGCAAGAUGGCCAGUAAAACCAAGGCCAGCGAGGCCCUGAAGGUGGUGGCCCGGUGCCGCCCUCUCAGCCGGAAGGAGGAGGCUGCUGGUCACGAGCAAAUCCUGAGCAUGGACGUGAAACUGGGCCAGGUUACCCUGCGGAACCCCCGUGCGGCCCUGGGAGAGCUGCCCAAGACCUUCACCUUUGACGCCGUGUAUGAUGCCAGCUCCAAGCAGGCAGACUUGUAUGAUGAAACCGUGAGGCCCCUGGUAGACUCGGUGCUUCAAGGCUUCAAUGGCACAGUGUUUGCCUAUGGCCAGACAGGCACUGGCAAGACCUACACCAUGCAGGGGACAUGGGUGGAGCCCGAGCUGCGUGGGGUCAUCCCUAAUGCCUUUGAGCACAUCUUCACCCACAUCUCGCGCUCCCAGAACCAGCAGUACCUGGUCCGGGCCUCCUACCUGGAGAUCUAUCAGGAGGAGAUUCGAGACCUGCUCUCCAAGGAGCCCGGCAAGAGGCUGGAGCUGAAGGAAAAUCCAGAGACAGGUGUCUACAUCAAGGACCUCUCCUCUUUUGUCACCAAGAAUGUCAAGGAGAUCGAGCAUGUGAUGAACCUGGGGAACCAGACCAGGGCAGUGGGCAGCACGCACAUGAAUGAGGUCAGCUCCCGUUCCCAUGCCAUCUUUGUCAUCACCGUGGAGUGCAGUGAGCGUGGCUCUGAUGGCCAGGACCACAUCCGUGUGGGCAAGCUCAACCUGGUGGACCUGGCUGGUAGUGAGAGGCAGAAUAAGGUGGGCCCCAACACAGCUGGAGGGGCCACCACACAGUCCACAGGUAGUGGCAGCAGUGGAGGGGGUGGGGGUGGUGGAGAAAGGCCUAAGGAAGCCUCCAAAAUCAACCUCUCACUGUCUGCCCUGGGCAAUGUGAUCGCUGCUCUAGCGGGCAACAGGAGCACUCAUAUCCCCUACCGGGACUCCAAGCUGACCCGGCUGCUCCAGGACUCUCUUGGGGGGAAUGCUAAGACCAUUAUGGUGGCCACGCUGGGGCCAGCUUCUCACAGCUACGAUGAGAGCCUUUCUACUCUGCGCUUUGCCAACCGGGCCAAAAACAUCAAGAACAAGCCCCGGGUGAAUGAGGACCCUAAGGACACACUGCUGAGGGAAUUCCAGGAAGAGAUCGCCCGCCUGAAGGCCCAGCUGGAGAAGAAGGGCAUGCUGGGGAAGCGUCUCCGGAGAAAGAGCAGCCGCAGGAAGAAGGCCGUGUCAGCCCCAGCCGGGUACCCUGCGGGUCCAGUGAUAGAGGCCUGGGUGGCUGAAGAGGAAGAUGACAACAACAACAACCACCGCCCACCCCAGCCUAUCCUGGAGUCAGCCUUGGACAAGAACAUGGAGAAUUACCUGCAGGAGCAGAAGGAACAACUGGAGGAGGAGAAGGCAGCCAUCCAGGAUGACCGCAGUCUGAUGAGUGAGGAAAAGCAGAAGCUGCUAGAGGAGAAGGAGAAAAUGCUGGAAGACCUGCGGCGUGAGCAGCAGGCCACAGAGCUGCUUGCAGCCAAGUACAAGGCCAUGGAGAGCAAGCUGCUCAUCGGGGGCAGGAACAUCAUGGAUCACACUAAUGAGCAGCAAAAGAUGCUGGAACUGAAGAGGCAGGAGAUUGCCGAGCAGAAACGCCGGGAGCGGGAGAUGCAGCAGGAGAUGCUGCUCCGAGACGAGGAGACCAUGGAGCUCCGGGGCACCUACACGUCCCUGCAGCAGGAGGUGGAGGUCAAAACCAAGAAACUCAAAAAGCUCUACGCCAAGCUGCAGGCGGUGAAGGCGGAGAUCCAGGACCAGCAUGACGAGUACAUUCGUGUACGGCAGGACCUGGAGGAGGCUCAGAAUGAGCAGACCCGGGAACUCAAGCUCAAAUACCUAAUUAUCGAGAACUUCAUCCCCCCUGAGGAGAAGAACAAGAUCAUGAACCGGCUUUUCCUGGACUGUGAGGAGGAACAGUGGAAGUUCCAGCCACUCGUGCCAGCCGGAGUCAAUAACAGCCAAAUGAAAAAGCGGCCAACAUCUGCAGUGGGCUACAAGAGGCCUAUCAGCCAGUAUGCUCGCGUUGCCAUGGCAAUGGGGUCCCACCCUAGAUACAGGGCUGAAAACAUCAUGUUUUUGGAGUUGGAUGUAUCCCCUCCAGCUGUCUUCGAGAUGGAAUUCUCUCAUGACCAAGAGCAAGAUCCCCGUGCACUACACAUGGAGAGGCUCAUGCGGUUGGACAGCUUUCUGGAAAGACCCUCUACAUCGAAAGUUCGAAAAUCCAGAUCCUGGUGCCAGAGUCCUCACCGACCUCCACCCUCCACCACACAUGCCUCACUGGCCUCCACUGCUCUGCGCCCUGCGACAGUGCUAGACCAUGAGUGACAACCUUCAGUUAGGCUGCCCAUCUGGCAGACUUCUGGGAUGGAGCAGCCAACCCUGGAUCAUCUCAUCUGCCGCUUGGUGUGGGUGUGUGUGCGCAUGUGUGUGUUCGUAUGUGUGAGGGGGUAAGAAUCUAGCAGACCAUGUCUCUGCCUGCUCUUCUUAGCCUCCUUUAUUUAAUUCAUGUUAUUUAUUCGUGGAGCUCAGAUAGUGUGGGGGAGAGGUCCUCGCCUGAGCCUGCCAUGGUCACUGCAUAGCCUCCUUUUCUGCUGACUGUAGACCCCCCAGUCAGACCUCAAGCUUCUCCCUGUCAGCUAUCCCCAGAAGGGAAGGUGGCCAGUGCCUGAGAAGAAAGGAGUUUUUCUACCUGUCUCCAAAAUUUCAUCUCUUCCUAGGCUGAUGGUGAGCAACUCCUAAGCACUUUCUCAGGCUAGAAAAAUGUGGGGUGUUCCAUGAGGACAAGAGCUGCCCUGACAGUGCUCCCAGCCCUUUCUGGGACUCAGAAAACCUUGUUCAGCUUCUCGGGCUCCUUUUCAAAGACUUAAAAGACCUCACCCACAUGGCUCAUGCUCUUCAGCUUUGCCAAGAAUCCAUGGCUUCCCAAACUCUGCUUCCUGCCUUCCUUCCCAAGCCUUGAGUAGGAAUUGUGAACCAACCAGUUGCUGUCUCCUCAGGACCUGCAGGAAAUGGAACAGUAAUGGAGACAUCAUGGACAGUCAUCAAGGGAAGUCCCUCCUCCGAUGUCCUUUGUUUCUGUCUCCCUUCGAGAAGUAACUGGUCAACAAGUGGUCAAGCCAACUCCCUGUUUUUGAGAUGCUGCUCCUUCCUGCUUCGAUUGUCUUCCCUGCAGCUGCCUGGAUCCCAGUUCAUAGUGGGAGGAAACGAUGUCAUUAUCCCUCUGGCUAAACAAAGCUAUUGGAACCUGUUGCUCCCCCUUGAUGUAGCACAGGAGACAGACCCAGGCACACUCUGCCAUUUUGCCUGUUAACCCCUGUUUCUGAAUCACAUGUGUUGGACACUAUUUUGUUGAAAUCUGACCCUGUCUUCAGCAUUGUGCAAAUUGGUCCCUAGGGAAGUGCUCUUCAUCUCCCUUUGUGACAUCCCAAGAUGUCUCUAGGUAUCUCAAGAGAUAAGUAAAUUUCUAC